AUGGAUGCUAUCCUUGAACAACUACGUGCUUUGGCACUGCAAGCUGAUGAUGCAGGUCGCCAUAAGGUGCUGGAUUUCAUGCGCGACUUGCGACUACAGCUCGAGACCCCGCACGACACCCUGUCGCGCUUCUCCGGCAUGCACCUAGAAAUAACGGUGGCUCGGAUGGGAGAGGAUCUCGACAUAUUCAAACACCUGGCUGAGAGCGAACAGCCUCUAAACAUCGAAGCUUUAGCGACAAAGACAGGAGCUGCGCAUUCGUUACUGGGUCAUAUUCUUCGGUACCUCGCGUCGGUAGGUAUGAUCCAUGAAACGGGACCAGGCACCUUCACAGCCAAUGGUGUCACCAGGACGCUGGCACAGCCCGGAUAUCGUGGUGGUAUUUACCACUUCUUCGAUAACAUCGGUCCCAUAUUCCAAGCCUUCCCGGCUUUUCUAGCCGAAACUAAGUACCAAGACAUCAACGACCCCACGAAGACACCAUUUCAAAAGGCGUUUGCGACGGAUCGUCCGGCUUUCCAAUGGCUGCCUAGUCAACCCGAGCGCUUUGCACAUAUACAACAGGUCAUGACGGUCCAAGGUGCCCAUGGCGCACCGUGGUUCUCAAUAUUUCCUUUCGAAAAAGAAAUCGAUUCGUUUUCUGGAUCUCCGGUCCUCGUUGACGUGGGUGGAGGUUUCGGCCAUCAAUGCACCGCAUUACUUACCGCAUUACCCCAACUCCGCGACAAGCUCAUUUUACAGGAUCUGCCGCAGACUCUCGAGCUCUUACAAUCGCACCCUGAUGGAAUUGAGGUUACGCCUCAUAACUUCUUCGAGCCGCAACCGGUGAAGGACGCGCGUUUCUAUUACUUGCGUACCGUGUUACACGAUUACCCCGAUGACAAAUGUAUCGCCAUUUUGAAGCAUUUGGUAGAUGCUUUUGGGCCGGAUUCGCACAUUUUGAUUGAUGAGAUGGUACUUCCCACCGCGGGUGUGCCUUGGGAAGCAACUACUAUUGACCUGACCAUGAUGGCAUGCCUUGGAGCUCGCGAGCGUACUGUUGCGGAGUGGCAUACCUUGCUUGAUGCUGCGGGUCUGCGGGUCGAACGCAUCGACACCUAUUCGCCCCGCCGUCGGGACUCGAUUAUUCAAGCUGUUCCAAAGUAA